AUGAAUAACCCACUCUCUUGUUCUGAUCCUUUGUUCAAUUUGUUUAAUGGAGGCUUAGGAUGCUCUCUGAAUGGAUGUGGCUAAUACAAUAAAUGUUUAUAAGUGCUUAAUGAAAAAUAUAUUGAGACAACAGGAUGUUGUCGUAUGAAAAUUUUAGAGCCAAAUUUUGUGACAGUUUUUGUUUAUAUAUUGAUUGUCCCAGUAAUAGGAAUAGCUAGUUUGGGAGCAUUAGGAGGUAUAAAUAUAGUAAUUUUGAUUUUAGGAGGAAUUGUAAAACGUCCAUUCCUCUAAGCAAUUCUGAAUUUUGAUGCAAGUAUAGCAGGGGAUAUUACUGCUUGCCUUAUGAUUAGUGCUUAAAUAGUAAAUAUGGUGUUCAUAUUUCUCUAAAAGUAAUUUUAUAGAUUUAGAAAAAUAGUCAUCCAGAUGUGCCAGAAAGACCAGUUAUCAACUAUGAUAUAGCAAUAAUUUAUACUUUAGCUAUUCCAAUUGGUUUGUGUCUAGGAAGUGAUUUAGCAAACUUUCUACCGUUACUACCAUUACUUUCAUUUCAAAUUCUAUUUUUUUUAGCAAUCUCCCCUAUUUUAAUAUAUUAUGGUAGAAGAUAGAAUGAAUUGGAAGAUGGAAAGAUUCAGAAUAGUAGUUUGGUAAAUGAAUCAGCACUUUUAACUGUAUCUUAACAAUAGAUUUAAAAUCAUAGUGAAUAUUCUGAAAGUUAAGCCAAACUAUACAAAUAGCUUUAUGCUUAAUAAUGUUAAAGAUUUCCUUUAGUACCUAUUUUGAUAACUUUAGGAAAUUUUGUGAUAAAUGAGGUUGAUUUUUUUAUUAAUUAUUAGCUUAUAUUAUUGUUAAGAUCUUCUCCAUAUCAAUAUUCUCCAUAUUUCUUUCCUAAUGGAGAUCUAAAUAAUAAUUAUAGAGAUAAAGGUCCUUGUGAACCUUGGAACUUUUAUAUGGUUCUUUUGUUGACUGCCGUUAACUUUUUGAUAACAGGUUCAGUUUACUUUUUUAUGAGAAAAAAGGAAUUGUUAAAAAAUACAGUAAACUUUUAUCCUCAUGAACGUUACUUUACACCAGUAAGAAGAUUCUUUUUUGUUUAUGCAGCUGGAUUUCUAACAGGAUUUGUAGCUGGUUUUGUAGGGAUGGCUGCUGGAUUAACAAUGGUUGUAACUAUGGUUUAAUUUAAAUUGAUUGCAGCAGUGGCAGGUGCAACAGCAAAUUAUUGUUAUUUUUUAAUUUGUAUUUAAGUGUAUACAAAUUUCCUUGUUGGUGCAUCUUAAAGUUAAGGUUUAGGUGUUGGAGAAUAAUUCUUUUUUUAUGCUUUAGGAGUAUUGAAAUAAUUAAAAAUUUUAUAGGUUCUAGCAGUAUUGACAUUUACAAAUUAUGGAUAUAAAUUAUUAGUUAAAUAUAAUAUAGGUCAUAUUAUAUUUUAUAUUGAUCUUGCAAUUGUUGUUUUAAAUAUAAUUGGAAAUAUUGCAUCGGGUCUUGAAACUGGUUACCGGGAUGGUUUCCGUUCAUUGGAGUAACAGCCUUCAACAUGUGGAAAUUAUGUCUUAGAUAACUGA